AUGGAUUUCGGGGAGAUUGAGGUCGAAAAGAAAUACUAUCCAAUUGACGCAAAUGAAAUGGAAAUAGAGGUCCAAAAACAGACGACGGAAUGUGAAGAGAUUGAAGUGGGCAAGAAGUAUGAAAUGGAGGUAGCCUAUGGAGCAAUACAAGUGGAAAAGAAGACGGACUACGGAGAUGAGAUUGAACUAGAAACGAAAUAUGACUUGGAGACGGGAAAGGAAAUGGACUAUGGACAACCACAAGUCCAAAGGAAAUGUGACUAUGGAGACGAGACUCAAGUGGAAAAGAAAAUGGACUACGGAGAGAUUGAAGUAGAAAAGAAAACAGACCAUGGGGGCGAGAUUGAAGUGGGAAAAAAGACCGACCAUGGAGACGAGAUCGAAGUCGAAAAGAAAGAGGAAAAAUCUGAUGGUGCUGACGACACAGCAAACGACGAGGGAGAUGGGAGUGGCCGCAGGACUUUGGUAGGUGAAACAGACACAAAGGACAACAAAAGUCCCAAGAAAGCAUUGUUCAAGAGUCUUAGUCCUAGUGCUGGUCUCAUCAAACGACUAACACCCACUCGUCAAAAGAGGGCCUUGGCGAAAAUAAAAACCAUCAGCCUAAGUCGAAGCCGCUUGGAUGUUCCACUUAACGACGAUGAAGAUACAACCGUCCAAGAUGUUGCUGGCUCAACUUCAGAUUCGCAAACCACCAGUCCCGACAUUAGCGAUACCCGCGCCAGCCCGGAAAACGUAGCUGAUGACGACGAUGAUAACUCUCACGAAAGCCAAGUUUCAGAAAACGGAGAUACCCUGACUUCACUGAGAAAAAUUGGGAAUCGACGGCGGCAUGUUGGUAUGGCAGGUCUAUACUCCGCAGGACCGUCGCGAUCUGAACCAAAAUCGAGGCCUUCAUUGUCGGGUCCUCCUCCGAGACCUACGCUAGCGAGACCAACACUGAAUAGGCCAUCCAUGGCCGCAUCCAUGAGAAUAAACAAAUCGAAUGCCGGUGGCCGCCAAAUGGCGGGUCGGGGUAAUUUGAGAAGAAUACAUAGUCAAAGGAAUAAAGCGCCACAAAUGAAAGUGCAAAACUUUCAGGACUAUUUGAAAAUGCAACAGAUGCAAUCCGUCAGGCGGUUCGACAAUACUUGGAAUGUGGACGAAUCUGAAGAAGAAGAAGAAGAAGAAGAAAACCUUCUUGAGGUUGCCAUGCCCUCCAAAAGCAUCGCAGCUCGGCCAUCCUACGAAAAAAGCUCGGAAUUUAGCAUGUCGUUUCGGGCAUCCUCUCGGCCAAGGGAUAGUCGCCGUGUGGCGUCCACGCAGGGCGUUACACAUCUGGCCCAGAAUGCGGAUUGGUUUGAAUUUCUGGACAAUGUUAAUGAUGACGACGACGAAACUGAAAGGGACUUGGACGACUUCGAUGUCGAUAAAGAUCAAGAUGUAAGAACUCCCUUCUACUGCAGACCAAAUCAGCGACAACGAUGGGCUGCCAAGCAAGUUCUUCCUCACGUCAAUUGGGGAGACCUCUUCUUUGAUUUAUUCUUUGUUUCCAUGGCUGCCAACUUGGGAAACAUGGUGGUAGGCGUUUUGCAAAAACCAGCAAACGUUGUUCGAGGCGUAAUAUACUUUGUUGGAUGUUUUGGACCGCUAUUCAACUCCUGGGAACACAAAACAAAGUACCAGGCAAGGUAUAGCGUCAAUGAUCAUGCUCAUCAAAUGUUUGAUAUUGCCCGCAUCUUUGUAAUUGGAUUUGCUGUCUUACAUAUCAAAUCACUCGAUCUUUUCGCCGACCCAAAGUCAAUCGAAAUGGGCGUAUUCACGUUCUCUCUCUCUGUGGAUUCCAUUUUUUCGUUCCUCGUCAAUAUGGAACUUUUCUUAUACGCCAAGGGCGAUAGAAGGGCCAUUCAAACAGUUACGCGACGGAAAAUGAUCCAGAAUGCAAUCUUUGAGACACCCUACGUCAUUGCGACUAUUCUUGCAGCAAUCUUUUUCUGGUCAGACGUUGCCACUGAAACAGAGCCAAAAGAGAAUCAUCUUUGGCGACUUGCCGAUCUUCCGUUGACACUCUGUUGCGCCUCUUACUUGUUGCGCAUCUGCACUCAAAUUGGGAUCAUGCAAUAUCACAAUCGAAGCAAGAAAAUUGUAGAUUUUCAAAAUCGAUUUGUCCCCCACAAUAUUGAAUUUCUCAUUCAGCGGUAUGGGGAAUGGGUCAUGCUUAUGAUUGGAGAAAAUGUCUUGGCACUCUUGAUUGUGGAGACCAUCGAAUCCGUCGACUAUUACAUUGUCACGACAAUAGGUGUUGUCACUGUCACCACACUUCACUUUUUGAAGCACGAAUCGGAUCCUCGAAAACCUUCUCGCCAUGCUUUAUUACGAGGGACAUCCAACGGAUUGUUCUACUCAGUCUGCGUACAACUUUUUUCAAUGACAUUAAUUGCGUUCGGAGUCAGUCUGAGGAUUUUCCUUGAAGCCAUCUUGAAAGAUUUCAACCAAGUCCCUUAUGACAUUGCUGAUUCUGCAGUAGGCACACUCCACUGUAUAACAUUGACAGUUGUACUGUUUUCGCUGGAGCUUAUUCACAUGUCACACAGCAGUUCAGAAAGUGGACGCAGCGGAUUCACAUUUUGCAAGCACGAGGACUUUAGUGUCUCGCUGCUUUUCGUUGUUUCCGCCAUUUGUAAGACAGUCCUGCUGCUCUUCACCGCCACCCUUCCACUUUGGAAAACGAAUCCCGUCUUCUUGUCUGUAUCAAGUAGCAUGGUGACUGGUUUUUUCGCCCUUUCAAGAGUAGUUACGACAAGCUACCAACUCAUGUCAAAACGGAAGAGGCAUUCUGAAAAAGUGCGACAAUCGAGGCUAGAUGAUGUGAGCAUAGUGUCGUCCAGCCAAGCUGAGGAUUCAGAAGGGUUUCAGAUCGACAAUAUUGUGUCGGCGUAG